AAAGACUUGAUAUAAUAGAGGAAGAAUCACAAUCAUCUCAUCCGAUGAUUUCAUGGCAAUAUAAUAUAAGGCCCUCCUACAUCACCAAUAGUCACCAUACGACAUUAGGGCUUACAAACACAAAAUUGACAACCUCUCUCAUAAUUCUCCUUACCCCCAUCUCUCUCAAAAUAAAUGUAGAUAACCCCAUCAGACACUCAGACAAACAUAGACCCACACACACUUCAAUCUCCAAAUCUCUCACAAAUUACAAUAUACCACCACAUAUCAACCCAUAGGUACUCAAUUCUGUUAGAUCCAUAAACCCCUUUCCCAGAAAAGAAAAAAAAAAUCCAUCUUCUUCCCUUUUUUUAACAUUUUCCAAUCAUCUCAUUGAGAUCAGAUCUGAGUGUAAGAAUGAUGAUUUACCCAGAACCCAUUGACCAUUUCGACCGUUUACCCGACCCGGUUCUCUUAUUGAUCUUUAACAAGAUCGGUGAUGUUAAAGCUUUAGGUCGUUGUUGUGUUGUUUCUAAAAGGUUCCAUUCAUUAGUACCUGAAGUUGACAACGUUGUUGUUCGUGUCGAUUGUGUUAUAUCCGAGGAUGAUUCUUCUUCUUCUUCUUCUUCUUCUAGUAAUAAUAACUCAUCUGUUAAAUCUCGACACCCCAUUUCAUCUCUUUUCCGUUUUGUUUUCUCUGGUUUACUCAAACCCUUUCAAUCUAUUACUCAGUUUAUAUCAGUUUCAUCUCGACGUGGUUCUUCUUCAUCAUCAACAGCUGUUCUUGAUGUUGAAAGUGAUGAUUUUGAUAAGAAUUCUGUUACCCAUCAUUCACCUACACAGGUACUUAAGAAUUUUAAUGAGAUUAAGUUACUUAGAAUUGAAUUGCCUAGUGGUGAACUUGGGAUAGAUGAAUGUGUGUUGCUUAAAUGGAGAGCUGAAUUUGGAUCUACACUUGAUAAUUGUGUUAUACUUGGUGCAUCCUCGGUAACGACUAGUGAUUCUUGUAGUCUUGAAAAUGUCGAUGGAAAUGGAGACAAUGAUAAUGGGAGUAUACCUGAUUCGUUUUACACGAAUGGGGGUUUGAAAUUGCGCGUUGUGUGGACGAUUAGUUCAUUAAUUGCUGCUUCUGCUAGGCAUUAUUUACUGCAGCCUAUAAUCGCGGAGCAUAAGACGUUGGAUAGUUUGGUUUUGACUGAUGCGGAUGGGCAAGGAGUGUUGUGUAUGAAUAGAGAGCAAUUGGAGGAGUUGAGGGUGAAGCCUUUAAGCGCUUCAUCGGCUUCUAAAAGGACUUUGGUUCCGGCGUUGAAUAUGAGGUUGUGGUAUGCUGCGCAUUUAGAGUUGCCUGAUGGAACGGUGUUAAAAGGGGCGACUUUGGUGGCAAUUAGGCCGAGUGAGCAGCCCAAGAAAGACGUGGUUGGAUCAGAUGGCAAUUGGGUGGGAGCUGCGUUCGAGGAGCCUUAUGGGACAGCUGCUAGGAUGUUGGUGAAAAGGAGGACUUACUGUCUGGAGAUGAACUCCUUUUGACUAUAGAAUUGUUGCAUUUCUGCGGGAACUCUCGGACCCUGAGGAAGUUGGAUCAACUAAUGCUUGAAAGCAGAGGAAAAAGGCUAUAAGCAUGAAUUUAUUAUGAGCUAGCUUACCCUGGAACUGAGGGAGCCUUGCUUCUGGAGAUAAAAUAACAGUUAGCCAUUGAUGAGCUUUGGAUCAGCCUCUGUCACUUUGAAAGGAUGGAUGAUUGGCAUCUGCUUUUGUUUUGAUUUUUAUGCUUCUAAGAGUGCACAAAUUGCUUCUGUAAGAUGUUGAGCUUUGUGCCUUUGACUUUGUAGCCACACUCAUUUGAUAGUUGCCUCUAUGUGAAUAUUGUAGUUAUGCAUAAUCUUUUGUGAUGUCAUGUACCUUAAGGUUCAUGACUCAUGAGUACCGAAA